GGGGGGAGAGUCGGGACCUGUCACCGGUUCGUCCAACUUGAAAAAUCCUUCAACCUGGCAGUUUAUCCCACCAGAAGGAUGCCUCCAACGUGGUGGAGAUUCCUCCAACUUGGAAACAAGACCCCACACGCACGCACGCACACACACACACACACACACACACACACACACACACACACACACACACACACACACACACACACUUUCUCCACUUUAUCCAACGUGAAAAAUCCUCCAACGCGGCAGUUUAUCCCACCAGAAGGAUUCCUCCAACGUGGUGGAGAUUCCUCCAACUUGGAAACUUGUGUUUGUGUGUGCUUUCACCUGCAAAUUAUUUCACCACCCUCACGUAGCUUGGACUAAAAACAAACAAAAAAAGAGAAAACCGGUCUUACUUAUGAGUUGGUGUUAGGGAGACGCUUGCGUGCCCGCGUUUCCUGCAUGCUUGCGUGCCUGACCCCCUGCUCAUUGGCCUGCCUGCCUGCCUGCCAGCCUGCCAGCUUGUCUGCCAGCUUUGCGCUCUCUCUUCAUGGCCGCUGCUCGUUUCACCGCCGCACAGGUUCUAGAGCAGAUUUUUUUAAGCCAAUCUAAUGACGACUCUGAACCAGAAGAGGAAUCUGAGGAAGACGUGUCAAGUGAAGAAGAGAAAGAAAAAGGAGAAGCAGAAGAAGCAGAUACAGCAGGACCAGAAACAGAUGAAGGACAAAAAGACAGCGAGGGAUGUGAUCUAAGGCUGGACACUUCAGAUGAAGAAGUUGAUGAUGAAGAAUAUAAUGAUGAUGAUGAUGAAGAAGUUGAUGAUGAAGAAUAUAAUGAUGAUGAUGAUGAUGAAGAUGAUGAUGAAAUAAUAGAAAAUGUGCAAAGACUGGAGCAAAUAGAACUCGAGGAUGAGGAUGAAGAAGAAGAAAAAGAAGAAGAAGAAGAAGAUAAAACUUUUAUCUCUAAAGACGGGAAAAUAAAAUGGUCCUCCGCUGCGUUUCGCAACGGCGAGGAAGCGAGGAACGUCCCUCUUAGUCCUCUUUCUGCCCAGGGACCCACAGAGUACGCGGCGGCUCAGGCGGUCGACUUUGAAUCGACCUUCCGCAUGUUUGUGACCCCGGCGGUGGAAAGGAUCGUCCUGGAGAACACCAACCUGGAGGGCUCUCGAAAGCUCGGGAGCGCCUGGAAGGGCAUGGACGAGGUCGACCUGCGAGCCUACUUGGGCCUCCUGAUUUUGUCCGGCGUCUACAGGUCCCGAGGGGAGGCCGUGGCCAGCCUGUGGGACGCCGAGAGCGGCAGGGCCAUUUUUCGCGCCACGAUGUCACUCAAGUUGUUUCACGCUUACUCGAAGCUGUUGCGUUUCGACGAUCGCCAAACGAGACCCGCCAGGCGAGCGACGGACAAACUGGCAGCCGUGAGAGAGGUCUGGGACGCGUGGGUGGAGCGGCUGCCCAGCCUCUACGACCCGGGUCCUAACGUGACGGUGGACGAGCAACUGGUACCUUUCAGAGGUCGUUGCUCUUUCAGACAGUACAUGCCUAGCAAGCCAGCAAAAUACGGCCUCAAGUUUUGGGUGGCGUGCGACGCCAAGUCCAGCUACGCUUGGAAGAUGCAGCUUUACACAGGCAAGCCAGGAGGAGGAGGAGGAGGAGGAGGAGGAGGAGGAGAAAAGAGAGCUUCUGAAAAAAAGCAGGGCCAGCGGGUCAUGCUGGACGUCACAGAAGGGCUCGCCGGGCCUCGCAACGUGACGUGCGACAACUUUUUCACUUCCUACGAACUGGGCCAGCGGCUCCUGCGCAGGGAGCUCACCAUGCUCGGUACGGUUCGCAAGAACAAGCCGGAAUUGCCGCCGGCGCUCCUCUCGGUCAAGGGCAGGAGCGCCUUCUCCUCCGCGUUUGCCUUCACUCCCAGCACCGUCCUGGUGUCCUACGUGCCCAAGAAAAACAAAAACGUGAUCCUGAUGAGCACGCUACACUCGGCCGCCACGGCCGCCGACGAUUCUUGGGUGGCAGUCCCCCGCCUCCAGAAGUCGCGCCAAUCCGACGAUAGAGGGCGCGUCGCGUCCGCUCAGAGGUCCCUCGCAGUCCGCGACCUCCAGGAGGGGGUCGCGCCGUCGCAGUCCGCGCUCAGGAGGGGUCGCCCCGUGCAGUCCCGGCGGACUCCGAGGCCCGUGCAGGCCGCGGAACCUCCAGAGGCGCCAUCCACUCCCGGCACGGAUGGUCCGGCGCCGGCGCAGCAACUGCAUCGGUCAUGCGGCCCGGCGCGCACCUGA